AUGUUCUGGCUGGAGUAUCUCGGACAUCUGAAUGAACGCAGCAGCAGCUCAUCGCGAGCCCCUCUCAUGGAAAGAGCCCUGUGA